AUGAACCAUGUCGUUGCUGUAUGCUCCGUACUCCGUACUCUGUGCUGUGUCGACCCGCGCACGGACCACCGGUCCGUGGAGAAAAAGUUCUUGAACUUUUACUCCUCCGCGACUUCAGCGCCCUCUUACACCCCCAUAACUCAGAAUAAAAUGGCGUCCCGGAAACAUGACCUACUCGAUCUCUCGGGCAGUGAAGACGAAGUCGAUCGCGGCUACGACUCCGAAGACAAUGUGGCGGAGAGCAAAGGCCGAGCCGUGAAGAGGCGCAGGACAGCGGACAACCAAGAUCCCUUCGGACUCGAGUCUGACGAGGAAGAGAGUGAUAUCAACGAAGAAGAGGAAGAAUCUCGCGCCAAAGGCAAGGGCCGCAAGCAAACGAAGACACGAGACACAGAAGACGAGGAUGAAGAUGAAAAUGACGAAGACGACGAAGAGGACGGCGGCGCAAGCCUAGAUGACACAGCAGACUCUAGCAAACCCAAGAGCAAACUGCUCAACAAGAAGCUUGCAAAGCUGACCAGCGGCAAGCCACCUAAGAAGGACAAGAGUGGUGUGGUGUAUCUAUCAUCUCUCCCACCAUACCUCAAGCCCUUCGCGCUCAAGAACAUGCUCGAGAAGCGAAACUUCGGACCGAUCACAAAGGUCUUCCUCGCACCAUUGCUCCCGUCUGCCGCCGGCCAAAAGCAAAAAUCCAACAAGCGCAAGCUCUACACAGAUGGCUGGAUUGAAUUCAAAUCAAAGCGGCAACUUUGCGCAGAGACAUUGAACGCUCGAACCAUAGGAGGUCUCAAAUCAUCAUGGUACCGGGAUGAUUUGUGGAACAUGAAGUACCUCAAGGGAUACAAAUGGGCCAACCUGAUGGAACAGAUCCAGAUGGAGCGCGCAACGAGGGAAGCCACUCAGCGCAUGGCGGACCAGAAGGCCAAGCGGGAGGACAAGGUUUACAUCUCUGGAGUCGAGUCGGGCAGAAUUGCAGAUGGAAUGCAGAAGAAGGAGGAAGAGAAGCAGAAGAGGCGACUGGAAGAGCAGGAUGGGAAAGAGAAGCAGACCCAAAAGCCUGCGCGCAAGAUUAGGAGGACAUUCGAGCAGUCUAAGGCUGUCAAGAAUGAUGGAAAUCUGGCGGAUGAUACUCAGCGGGUGCUUGGGAAGAUCUUCUAA